AUGUAUGACCAUGUGCAUAUUGAUGAGAAAUGGUUUUACUUGUCUAAAGUAUCGGAAAGGUACUAUCUACUUCCACAAGAAGAGGAACCAGUGCGCACUUGCAAAAGCAAAAAAUUUAUCACAAAAGUCAUGUUUCUGGCAGCUGUAGCUCGACCAAGAUUUGAUUGUUAUGGAAAUGAAGUGUUCUCCGGUAAGAUAGGAAUUUUUCCUUUCACGUUCAAGGAACCGGCAAAGCGAAAUAGUAAAAAUCGAGUGGCUGGUACAUUGGAGACUAAGGCGAUUGUAUCGGUAACUAAAGAUGUCAUCUGCUCGUGUUUGAUUGAACAAGUUCUACCAGCUAUUCGAUCAAAAUGGCCAAGUUCAGGAGCAACGGAUCCUAUUUACAUCCAACAAGAUAAUGCAGAACCACAUAUCAGUCCAUUAGAUGCUGAUUUUGUUGAAGCUGCAAGUAAGGAUGGAUUCAAUAUUUGCUUAACUUUUCAACCUACUAACAGUCCAGAUAUGAACGUUUUAGAUCUUGGUUAUUUUCGGGCAAUACGAUCUCUUCAACAUCAAGAAGCACCCGCAACUACUGAUGCGCUUGUUCAUGCCGUGGAGAAAUCAUUUGAAGAAUUGUCAUCAGAUUGUCUCAAUCGUGUAUUUUUAUGGUUACAAGCUUGCAUGAUUGAGGUGAUGAAAGUUAAUGGGGGGAACAACUACAAAUUGCCACAUCGGAAAAAGCCAACUGUUAAGAGAUGGUUUUGUUCUUCCUGCCCUCCCAUGUUAGAAGACUGCUUAAUUUUUCCUUUUUGCAAAGUUGUUCAGCUUGCUAAGAAGGCUUUUGGUGGCACUCUUCAAGUCUAG